UUUUCAUUGGUUCCUAGCUGGAGAAAUCGAUUUUCUUGGGCAUGCUUCUCCUGCAAUUUCACCCUCGCUCGACUGUGUGGUAACGCCACUCAUUCGAUUCCUCAUCUCGAGAGUGAGCUUCUGCGGUACUGAGAACGUUACUAAAAGAGGGAUGCACGCCGUUUGAACAAGUCAAUUGAAUCUACAGCUUGACUGUGAAGCUUGGCAGUGAAGGGAGCCAGCUGCACGUUUAUAACCUCCGCAUCGACAUAUUUGGUCUGUUUUUGUCCAGCCAGCGAGGAAGAAGCCUUAAAAAAGGAAAGAAUUUGGGGGAAACGCUGCGAAGUGUGCCUCGACAUUCUUACGAUCCGUGAGGUUGUUGAGAGAACGUUGGCUCCACUCCGGGUUCAGUGCGUUUGUGAGCCGCUGGAUCCGGUGAGUGAGACCGUUGCCGGGCCUACAAAAGGAUGAAACCGGAUGGGGCUGCCAUGGAGCCCACAGAAGCCGUAGGAGCCGAGCCCUCGGCCCAGGGGAUGGCCACCGACGAGAUUCCCACCCAGCCAGCUCCUUCAACUUCCCCGUCCUCUCCAUCACAGCCUGAAGACACCCAAAACAGCGCAGCGCAGCCUGAAAACCCCACAGCCCCCUCUGCAUCCAAGGUCAAUGGGGCCAAUGGCAAGGCAGCAGCGGACCCCAAACCCAAGGCUAAGACCGUGGGCUUGGCUAAACCACGGCCAGGCACAGCUGGCACCAAGACCGCAACGGGUCCGGCAUCAGGACCCAGCACCUCGCGUCCGGGCACGGCCCCAAGCCACAUGGCCAAUGGAUUAAAGUCCUCAGCCAGUGACCUGGCCAAGAAAGCUGCUUUGGACAAAAAGAGAAGCACCACUAUAGCUGGAGCACCGGCUGCAGCCACAAAGAGGUCCGUGGCUUCCACUGUCAGGACCCAAACUAAGGUAGCUGUCGGAGUCCCCAGGUCCACCUCUGCUACCAGGCCAACCAAUGCUACAUGGACUGCGGCGACGGGGCCUGGCACUCCAACGAGGAGACCUCCAGCUGCUGGGCCCAUUAAUGGGGCUGGGGCCAGACCCAAAACCACAGCUUCCAGACAUGCUGCCCCCAAGCCUUCCAGCACUUCAGCUGCGGCCAAACCCGAUAGGACACUGGUUUCCAAGACAACCAGGCCUGCCACUGGUCACACUGGACUGUUAAUGGGCACAUCCAAGCCAGCCGCUGGAGGCUCCAGCAGACCUGCAGCUUCCAGAGUCGGCACCACAGCCCCCUCUACUGGCAGGACUACCACAGCGCAGGCACCCAAACCUACAGGCCCUGCCAAGAAAGAUGUCAGCAGACCAGCAACCACUACCGCAGCCAGAAAUCCGGUAACAUCCGCCACUACCAAAACGACCAAACCUGACCCCCCUAAAGUGACUGCAGCCUCCAGACCCGAGCCCGCCUCCAAAAGGCCCCAUCCCACCAAGGCGGCAGACACCAAGCCAGCCCGCCCUAAAUCACAGGACCCCAAGCCCCUGCCCACACGUAAAGCCCCUCCCACCACGCGGCCCCCUGCCACACAACAGCCCCAGGGCAAGACCCCCCCUGCCUCCCCCAGCAACAAGCCCGUGGGCAGCACCACCCCCCAGUCGGUCAAACGAGCCUUCAAACCAACCCAGUCUGUCCUGCCCUUCACUGCUAGACCUGGAGCUCCCAAGUCUGCAGCAGCAGCUGCCGUGGCAACAGUCGCCAUGACAGCCGCAGCGGAGCCAGAAAUGGCAGCUUCAGAAGUCCCAGCACCAGUGUCUGCGUCUUUGCCAGCAGUGGCCCUGGAGUCCAGAGAAGAGGUUUCAGCCCCAACUCCUCAGGAUACUACUUCUACAUCUCCACCACAGAGCCCACUCAGGCUGGCUCCUGCUCCACCACAGGGCUCACUAGUCACUGUUGCCCAGGAGGAGAGGUCUGAACGACCAGAGACUGUCCCAGCAGCCCCGACACAGCCAGCACCAGACCAGACCUUACACCAGGACAUCCCUGCAGCAGUGGCUAGGGCUACACCCAGCCCUCCGGAUGCCUCAGAGAAAGCCCAGCUCAACAUGGAUGAAGAAGAGGACGAGGAGAGGGAGGGCACCCAGCAGGUGUCUGUGUCAGAAAUGAGCGGCUCCCAGCCCACGGAAGAGUCCAGGCCUGGCUCAGCCGGCCCUGCGGGUUCAGGGUGGCGUGCAGGCGGCACCCUGCUAUCGGAGCUGGACUCUGAGGUGAGCUGCAGCCAGCAGGGGGCGUCGGAGCUGAGCGCCCCGGGCGUCCUGGAGGGCACAGAGAGUAUGGAUGACCUAGGAGACGCCAGUCUGAAGGGUGCCAUCGACAUGGAGGGCAUGUCUGCCUCGGCUGGCUCGCCUGACUUUGAGAAGGUGCCCGACAUCCCGACCAAUGAUUUUGAUGACGACGAUGAAGACGGAGACCGGGUGUGCGACAUGGAGGUGGGUUCGGAACGGGCGGAUGACCCGAGAAGAGUGAGGCGUGACGAGGAUGAGGAUGACGAUGUGGAGAUGGCCAGUGAGGGGGUGACAGAGAGCGGGCUGGAGAGCUACGGGAAUGCAGACGAGGAUGACUUUGCGGAGGAUGAGAGACUGGACAACCUGAACCAAGCCCUGCCUGCCCCACUGCUGCCCUCUGCCCUGGCCGCCCAGUGGGACCAACCCAACCCCAACUCCUUUUGUGACCCCUGGGCCCAGCCGCACCCCCAGGCUGCCUCAGCCUCCCCCCUGACCCCUACCAGCCCCUCAGACCCCUGGCAGGCUGAUAUGGAGACACCCACCCAGUACUCUGCUCAGCCCUGGCUGCAGCUGGCUGCCACACCAUUUGUUCCAGCUCUGCAUGAGCCCUCACAUCAGCCUUCCCCUGCAUCUCCACUUGAGAAAGAGACCCUAGCCCCAUUGCACUCCCUGUCCCCCAUGGCUGCCUCUGGCCACGGCAUGUCACACUCCAGCACCCUAAGCGCUACGGAGCUGGCUGUCCACAGCAGCAGCGAGACCAGCACCCCAGAGGAGCUCUGUGACUACAACAGCAGCUCCGGGGUGGAGUCCCGCUCUGAGGGGGGGAAGCUCCACACCCUGCCUGCUGCCCUGGCCCCCGUGCUCUCCCUCCAGCCUGAAUUGGAGGACCUGGGCAUCCACCUGGUGAGAGAGGACGGAGACGGGGAGGUGGCAGAGACCCUGCCAGCCAACGAGGUCCCAGGGGACCCCGCCAUAUCACCCACGUCCAACCCCUCGUCCUCCUCCACCACGGAGGAUGAGGCCAGCGACACGGAGGGCGAGGCCCAGCUGUACGAGCUGGGCCAGGGCAUCCACACUGCCGCCUUUGACAGCAAGCCCGGCGCCCAGCGCUGCCUGUCUGCCCUGGAGGAAGGGGAGGAGACCAGUGGAGGCACAGACGAGGGCGGAGACACCCCCCAGUCUGCCAACUCGGCGGCAUCCUACGCCUAUGACAUGACGGCGUCCAACACCAACUCCAAUAACCACUCCACGGCUGAGAGCUGCGCCAAGAGCCCCGGCAUCUUCUCCCUGGAGGAGCUGCCUGAGGAGGCCAAGGACCCGUCACUCAUCCAGGAGCUGACCAUGCCGCCGCCCCAACAGGCUGCCUCGGCAGACUCCCUUCUAGUCUCCAACCCAGAGGAGCAGCAGUACAUGUUGUGUGGGACGCUUGAGACAGAGCUAGGGGACAUGGGGGAUCUGAAACCCCUGGACCCCGUGCUGUUCGUGGCCCCCCAGCAGCCCGGGGAGGGCCCCCGUGUCACCCAACCGCCCUACUACUCCACUGUCUGUGAAAACACUGAGAACUCUCUCACAGGGCUCAACGUGCUCCCCCAGCCACACUACCGCCGCGACCACCACCCCAACCCCCACUGUGACCUCUUGACCCCACCCAGGCUGACCUGUGCUGACCUGCCCCCCCGGAGCCCUCGCCUACAGGCCAGCCCCCAGCUCCGCAGGCUGGAACGGCACCAGCAACAACUACUAGAACUGCAGCAACGCAGAGAACAGCAGGGAAAACCCAAAGAAGAAAAGGACGAAGAGGUGAGGAAGAAGAGAGAGAAGGAGAUGAAGAAAAAGGAGGCAGAGCAGCAGCAGGAGGAGGAGAAGCUGAGGGAGGAGCUGAAGCAGAGGCAGCAGAUCAUGCAGUGGCAGCAGGAGCUGGAGGAGCAGGCACAGCAGACGGCACCGCAACAACAGCCCCAAAAAGGGCAGGCAACAGUGCUGCUUUCGCCUUCCUCUGGUCUCCAUACCAUUUAUGAAGCCCUGGAAAGUGAUGAAGAGGGGAAGGAAAUUGAGGUUAAUGUCCAGCUCGAACAACGCGAAGAAGCCCGGCUGGAGAAAGAGGUUGACGGUAACAGUGACCGUCGAGAGGUAUUGGAUGAGGACGGAGCUGAUAGCAACUCCACCUCCACUCUCAGUCCCUCUCCAGACUCUGCCGAGCAGGAAGAGUCCCGGGACGUCUCCCCAGAAUGCCCGUCUCCCCUGGACUUGGACUGGGGGAAGAAAGUUGACAUUGUCCAGCAGCUGAUCAACCAGACCUUGCUGCUGACGGGCGACGGCUGCUCCUCCCUGCUCCUGCUGCCCGGAGGCACCUUGAGCCCCCUGGAGGCCAGCCUGUGGCCCAACCUUCUGCCCCCCCUCACCCCUCCCUCAGCCACGGUCACGUCGGUCAGCAGCUUCUCCCCGGAGGCCCCCGGCCAGUCCCCCCAGGGUGAGUGGACAGUGGUGGAGCUGGAGACACACCACUGAGGGAUGUAGAGACGUGUGUGUGUGUGUGUGUGUGUGUGCACACAGUGAAGACUCACCAUUAAUGGUCGCACACACUGCUCCACAAUAUUAUUCAAGGUCUGUCAGUCACAUCACUGCUGUACACAACGCUACUUUUACUUUACUUGCCAUUCAACACCACUGCAAAUACAACACUACUGUUUGAUACACUGAACUUAUACCACUGUAUUUUCAAACAUGAUACCUUUUGAAUGGGUGGCAAAGAACACUGACACUACGGUCAUAUCAAUCACAGACUGACUGAAUUUUACACCUCUCUCUCGUGCCAAAACGAUGUUAGGUUACACACCAGCAGUCCCAGAGGGCUACUACCUUGAUUAGACUGGUUGACUGAAGCUUCUGGGCCAGCUAUUUGGGUAGAAUAGUGACAACUUGUUAGCCACUGAAGCUAAAACUACUGUAUUUUAACAUUUAUUUAACUAGACAAGUCAGUUAAGAACUAAUUCUUAUUUACAAUGACGGCCUAGGAACAGGGGGUUAACUGCCUUGUUCAGGGGCAGAAAGACAGAUUUGUACCUUGUCAGCUCAGGGAUUCGAUCGUGCAACCUUUCGGUUACUAGUCCAACGCUCUAACCACUAGCCUCACACACACGCAAUAUGUUUUGAUGGGUGGUUCAGUUAACACUGAAGAUGUUGCACUACUGACUUGGUUUAUGAUUAUUGGUCUGAAUUACUGAUGAAAAACUGCACUUGACUAGACCAGUAUCCUAUAAUGAUCACCCUGAACCUGUCACUCACUCAAUGCCUGCUUAGCUUUGUGCUUCAAAACGGUUUGAUUUACUCGAGAGCAGCAAGUCAUAGAAAUAGAAUCCCUAGAACAGUCACAGGAUCCCCAUUCCAAUUGCUGAGGGCCUUUAUCCUUUCUAGGGAUUCUAUUUCUAUGGGCCAAGUUCCUGUGUUUUUCUGACAUCAAACCAGAGGCCUUCGAACCAGCUGAGGUGAAACACUGGUUGGCCGUAUCUGUUAGAAUAAGGUUAUUUAUCAUCUCUAUGAUGAAUGCCACCAUUUCAGGGUGGUAUUUCACUAAGCAGGAUCUAUUUUGUGAUCCAGCUUAGUGAAAUACACCUGGGUGCUAAUGAAAUGGAUUGUUUCUGUUGCAUGCUACUGCUGACUCCGAUGACGGCCACCGGAAAUAUCGGUUUAUUUUUAGUAUUUUUUUCAGAAGCACUCACGUUUUUGUUCUGAAGACUUGGCCCCAUAUCCUGGGUGGUUUUCCUCAUGUUUGGUCUUGUUUCUGUGGUUACGGAUGAUGUCAUAAUGGGGGUGGGAGUGGUCAUGACAUUGAUAUGAGGUAAUGGAGAAAUGAAUAGGUAAUUGAAGAGGGUCAGAGUGUAAGAAAACACAGACUAUUGAGUAGAUUACUCUGGGGAUAUAACCGGUUCUUCUGUGAGGCUGCUGGGUACUAGCCUGGUACCAGAUCUGUUUGUGCUGACCAUCUGCCCAACUCCUAUGGUAGUUUGGUGUGAUGAAGACCAUAGGCGUUGGGCAGAUGGUCAGCACCAACAGAUUGCCAAGAUGACACAAACCGAUUUGGGACCAGUCAUGGGUUUUUGCGGGUUAAUAUUGGGGUUAGUCAUGAACUAUAUUUGAAGGAUGGUGGUACAGAGUUAACCUUGUGGAUGUGUAUAUGUGUGUGUCUGGGUGGAAAGGUACUGCAUGUGAAGAAAACAAUUUGCAUUACCUCAGUGGAUGUUGAAUAUAGUAAAUGAGUAUGUCCAUUAAGCCUAUACUAUGGAUUUAUAGAGCGUUUGAAAAUUGAUUUAUUGCUCCAUGUACCUUCAGUUUGAAACCUGAUCUGACAUGAGUCAAACACUGUCUUUACUAUUAGGGUACUUGUGUUCAAAUGGGAACUUGCAUUAAGCCUCACUGAAGUUGAUUUUCCAACAGGAGUGUCAUCUAUUUAGCAGAAACAUGGAUUUUGUAAUUGUGGUUGAACUUUGAGCCCUAAGGACAGUCCACUGUGUGGGGCAACGAUCCUGGAUGGACAGAAACGGGUGGUUGUCCCAACAGGGGUUGGAAGAGCUGUGAACGCUGAGACACUCCUUCAUAUACCAUAGGGAUGGACUCGACUGUUGAUACAACCACUCUGCUGUGAGGCCAGAGCUAGUAGAUACUAUAGGUAUCUGGAAAUCAAACCCUUUUCCACCACAGGCACAGCAAGCAAGGGCCCUUUUUUUAAUAGAAAUGGUAGCUAGAUUCUCCAGUGUCUUUUUCAAGCCGUUUCCAUGUGUAGCCAAGUGGCUGCCAUUUUCUAAGGCAGUUUGGUACAUUCCGAUUUGAGGGCUCUGCCACUUCUACUCCAAAAUCCCAAAGCGACUCGCACAAGGCAUCGGUCAAAGCUGGACUUUACCUUGUGUGUUUUUAAAUGUUUCCUCACUGUAGUGUUUUGUAUAUUGUUAGUGUAUAGUAUUACCAAAAGGGGAGACUCGGACCAUUUAUUGCAAUGACGUGAACCCACUGGAUUUUUAUUUUGUAGAGAAUAUUUUAAAGUACGGUAGAUGAAGAGGUGACAUUAUUUAUAGAUUUAAGCAGAUCCUGUUUUAGAGAAUGAAGGUUAAUGGUUGUAGAUGUAAUGGUUUAUUUAAAUUCCAAGAUGUGACCUUUGAACUUCUGUCGGCACUACACUUGUAGACCUUUUUUUCUUUUGUUUGUAUGAUGUUUUGCCUGCAUUUCUUAAAGAUCUUUUUGAUAGUUAUCAGGGGAUAUGAAGUGACUAGACCGUGUUCAGUGCCCGUGCUUCCUGGAACACGCUUUGGUACAUUUUUGUAUUUUAUGUAACUGAUCAAACCAUCUACAAACAUUCACGUCUAGCUGGUGUAGAAAUUACACUGUAGUAAAUUACAAUAUCAUGCAAGUUACAGAACUAUCACACCCAAUUGACAUGUCUGGGAAUCACUAGUACUGAAAGAUGUGGAGUCUUCCCCUCUUUUUGUAAAGUUCUGUAAUUUUAUUUUUAAAUGAAGGGAAACCCCCUUCUAAUGUCUAUUUUUGUUGAAAUUAGGUUGGCAUUUUGACAUUGGAGUUCAAAUUACGGCAGCUUGUUUAAAUACGUAAUAAUUCCUUGAGGUUCUGUGACUUUGUGAAGGACUAAUGUGUUUGUCAAUGUUUCAAUGCAUUUUAUUUAGAAAAAAUAAAAUGAUUUUCUUUUGC